CUCACAAAGGACAUUAAGACAGCAGUCAUAGAAUAUCUCAAUGAGAAGUACGAUGACGAGAUAACAGACGAACUGCUUGAUAUGGCAUCAUUGCUUGACCCGCGCUUCAAGACUCAAUAUAUCAGGCCAGACAAGAUUGAGGCAAUCAAAACAAGAGCAGUGACUGAGAUUCUGAAAAUGGAGGGAGACCCAGGCCCAUCCACUUCACAGGCUUCAUGCAGAACAGAAGAACUAGAGGCAGAGGGAGGCGCUGCUGCAGCUCUUCCUGUAAAGAAGCAGAGGAAGUCACUGGGCAGUUUUUUUAAGAAACCAUGCCCCAGCAACACAGGACUCAGUGACAUGCAGGCAGUGGAGGGGGAGCUGGAAAACUACCUCAUGGGUCCAGAUGCAGACAGUGAAACAGAACCCCUGGAUUGGUGGAAGGUGUAUGACAAAAAGUUUCCUAAAGUGAGCCAACUAGCAAGGCGCUACUUGUGCAUCCCUGCUACCAGCUCCCCCUCUGAGAGGAUUUUUAGCACAGGUGGGAACAUUGUGGCCUGUCAUAGGGCAGCUUUAAAACCUGAAACUGUAGACAAGCUUGUCUUUCUUGCCCGUAACUUGUAAAGUUAAAAAAUAUAUAUACUGACUGACCACAGUUAAGAUUUAUUUUAUUUAUUAUUGAAGGUUUG